AAGGUUUUACGCACCAACGGCUAGUUAAAGAGAACCUUCACAGCCCCGCGCACAAUAGCACAAGUCCCCUUUCUCAUACCUUACCAGCUCUCGUAAAUUACCACCAUUUAAAGCACCUUAUCGGUAAUUUCACCAACCCACAACUGACCUGAAACUACAAAAAUUUUUCAGCCUUCCCGCCCAAAAUUCCCUCCCUUUCCCUCUCCAACUUUUCGCUCUCUCUCUCUCUCUCUCUAUUAGCUCUUAUGCAUAUGAUUUUCUAGGGUUUGUUCUUUUCUUUGUAUCUUGCAAAGACAAUGCCGGACCUUGGAAACCUCUCGCUGUCAUCUUCUCUUUCCCUCACUCGCUAUUCGAACCUCAAAUCGUCCGCCGACUCACCCGAUUCGGGCCUCUUUCCGUGCCCCAACUCAGUCAAAGCCUUGGGUGGUUUCGACUGCAAUUGGGAGCAGAGUUUGUGUUUGCCGAGCUCGCAUGGGCCCGAGGUCAGCGCUGGCACUGGAAUUAGGGUUUUGCCGCGCAGCCGUGCCAAGAAAGCUUCCACCACUAAGCGUUUGGAGGAUCAUGUGAGCGCAUGGGUUAGCAAUAAAAUGGAAUCGGGUGUUCCGGUAUCUCGUUGCUCUCUACCGUUCCUUGUAGGCGCCAAGAAAAUGGUGGAAUGUCUUGUUUGCCACUAUUUUAUCUACCCUGGGGAGGAGGUUGCAUGCUCUGUUCGUUGCUGCGAAGGAGUCUAUCAUAUAAAAUGUGUGAAGGAAAAGCUUGGGGUUUGCAAUCUAAAGAAGUUCAAGUGUCCGCAGCAUGCAUGCUUCAUUUGCAAACAGAGGUUGCAUUGGCGGUGCGUGCGAUGCACAAUGGCAUCUCAUGAUAAAUGUGCAGCGUGGCCAAGUGAAGUGAUUCAAUUGAAAGACCAACCAGGGAAAGCUAUUUGUUGGAGGCACCCUACUGAUUGGCGGUUGGAUAGGAAGCAAGUGGCUUCAGCAAGUGACAUAGAGGAGGUGUUCUGUCGUUUACCACUGCCUUACACUGAAGAGGAGUUUAAGAUUGACUCUACAUGGAAAGAUCUGGAGAAUAAGAUGGAGCCGCCUCCAUAUGUACACAUUAGGCGAAAUAUUUACCUAGUCAAGAAGAAGCGUGACAUUGUAGAUGAUGGUGCUGGAUGUACAAGUUGUAGAUCCAUAUGCUCUGAGAAUUGUGUAUGCAGGGUUCAAUGCAUAAGCUGCUCAAAGGCUUGCCAUUGCUCGGAAAAUUGUACUAACAGGCCAUUUCGUAAGGAUAAAAAGAUCAAAAUUGUCAAGACUGAACUUUGUGGUUGGGGGGUAGAGGCAGGUGAAUCUAUUAGCAAAGGCGACUUUAUUAUUGAGUACAUUGGUGAAGUAAUUGAUGAUGCUUUGUGUGAACAAAGGCUGUGGGACAUGAAAUACAAAGGGGUACACAAUUUCUAUAUGUGUGAAAUUCGAAAGGACUUCACAAUUGAUGCAACUUAUAAAGGGAAUGGAUCUCGAUUUCUUAACCACAGCUGUAAUCCCAACUGCAUCCUAGAAAAGUGGCAAGCUGAUGGAGAAACACGCGUGGGUGUGUUUGCUGCUCGAUCAAUAGAAGUUGGUGAACCAUUGACAUAUGAUUACAGAUUUGUGCAAUUUGGACCAGAGGUGAGGUGCCGCUGUGGUGCUCAAAAUUGUCAAGGUUAUCUUGGGACCAAAAGAAAGAUUGGUAAUGUGAAACUUUGCUGGGGUUCAAAACGCAAGAGAACUUCAACAGCUUGCUUAGCCGUCAUUACUUUAUAAAAUUUGUAUCAAUCCAUAUCUCAUUCUCGUUUUGUAUAUUGCCCAAACCCCAUGUAAUGUGGGCAAGGUAAAUGGUAAAAGGUAAAAGGAAAAAAAAAAAAAAAAAAAAAAAAAAAAAGAAGAAGAAGAAAAAAGUACAAAAA